AAAAAACCAAAAAUGGAGAUGAAUUGUAUGUAUCGGUCGACUUACAAAAAGUCAUCAUGUUACCAAGAAUGGACAACUUCAAAGCUGCAAUUUUCACAAAGAGGGUCAUAGCAUUUAAUGAAAGUUUUGUUCCAGUCGGACCUAGAAGUUCAAUUAAACCCUUGGCAGUAAUAUGGCACGAAGGAAUAAGUGGUAGAAAACAAGAAGACUUGACAAGUUGUUACUAUGCUUUUUUUUUAUUUUACAAAGACAUAAAAAAAAUAACUAUUUGGUUAGACAACUGUUCUGCUCAAAAUAAGAAUUGGUGCUUGUUUACAUUUUUAAUUUUUAUGAUUAAUUCUCAAGAACUUGAAACUAUGGUGAUCGAUAUUUUCUAUUUUCAACCAGGCCAUAGUUUUAUGUCUGCGGAUUCAUUCCACCAUCAGGUUGAACUUUCCAUGAAACAAAUGGGUAAAAUCUAUGACUUUUGUGAUUAUGAAAAAUCAAUAAAGAAUUCAAAUAAAGGCCAUGUUGAUGUUAAAGUAUUAGAUGACAAAGAUUUUUUUGAUUGGAAGUCAGAAUGCUCUAUUUAUAAAUUUAAAAAAAAUAUUAAUCGUCCAAUGUUGAAUAGCUUAGUUCAUAUAAGAGCGGAAAGAGGACUCAAAUACUUAUUAUAUUCUUGUACAUAUGAUGAGUAUACUCCAUUAAGAAUGCUAGACUUUUUAAAACCUUCAUAUUUAAAAAAUGAUUUUGUAAGACCACAGCAAAAAAAUGAAUUAAGAGGCAUUCAACCAGAAAAAAAACAAAGUAUUAUACAAACACUAGUCCCACUUAUGCCUAAGAGCAGACAUCAAUUUUGGUUUGAUUUUCCUACAUCAGAUUUAGUCAAUGACUUAUAUGAAGAAUCUGAAAAUUAGAAACUGCUAUAUGAAAUUGUAUAAUGUGAUAAAUUGUGAUAGGAACCAAUUAUUAGUAUAACAUAAUAAAGUAUAUUAUAUACUUUAUUAUGUUAUCAUAAAUUUAUAUUUUGUUUUAUUUUUAGCAUUUUAUACUAACU